GCCACAUGGACGUUCAUCAGCAUGAGGAGAAAAGGCUAGGAUUGUGCAACAUCAGCACAGCCCAUUUGGCCAGCUGCUGCUCAGACUGGGCUGCCACAGGUCUGCAGUGUGCAGUCUGAAGUCUGAAUGGAGUCUCAGCAGCAGCUCCCGCAUUUGCAUUUGAUGCAGACUUCAGUCGAGCGACCACAACACCCGCGGAGGCUUCUGAACUUCACAAAACUUUGCCGUCAGCAGAUUUAAAUUCCCAGGGACGAGGUGGUGUUAACAAUACAGCUUGCAUUUUUGACACUCGAGUUGUAGACGUAGUUUAGAUGCGCUUUCAGUUCGUAUUUGUUCCAAAAGCGCACUGUCAAGCGAGUCCAGACGGACUACUUUUUCUGGCGGAGUGGCAGUAAGUCCAAGGCGCAACAGACUACCGGUGCACAGUCGACUGUUUAGCUCGAUCCAGGGCGAAGGAGCGCGCUGCAGCCGGGGAGUUUUAGCUCAGAGAUGCUCUACAGCUUCGCUUCAUAAAGUAAAACUGCUUUUCUUUUCUUUCCCCCCCCUCUCCCCUCCCUCUCUUUUUGCUAAGCAACGCAUCAAACCUUCGCCGUUUGGACCGUCGUAGGGCCAGGUGGUUUUUUUUUUGUUGGUCCAAACCAGCGGACUUCUCGACACUGGACGGACUUGACCGAACUCUGAAAGAUGUCAAUUUUGCCUUUCACUCCCCCCAUCGUCAAAAGGCUUCUGGGCUGGAAGAAGGGAGAGCAGAACGGCCAGGAGGAGAAGUGGUGCGAGAAAGCGGUUAAAAGUCUUGUGAAGAAGCUGAAGAAGACGGGGCAGCUGGACGAGUUGGAGAAAGCCAUCACCACGCAGAACAUCAACACGAAAUGCAUCACCAUACCGAGGUCUCUGGAUGGCCGCCUGCAGGUGUCCCACAGGAAGGGUCUGCCUCACGUCAUCUACUGCCGGCUGUGGCGCUGGCCCGACCUGCAGUCUCACCACGAGCUGCGAGCCGUGGAGCUGUGCGAAUAUGCCUUCCACACGAAGAAGGACGAGGUGUGCGUCAACCCAUACCACUACCAGAGAGUAGAGACGCCAGUCCUCCCGCCGGUGCUGGUGCCCAGACACACAGAAAUCCCCAGCGAGUUCCCACCACUGGACGACUACAGCCAUUCAAUCCCUGAAAACACCAAUUUCCCUGCUGGCAUUGAGCCCCAGAGCAACUACAUACCAGAAACGCCGCCGCCGGGCUACCUCAGUGAAGAUGGAGAGACCAGCGAUCACCAGAUGACACACAGCAUGGACACGAGCUCCCCAAACCUGUCUCCUAACCCUGUUUCACCCACACACAGUAACCUCGACCUCCACCCUGUGACGUACUGUGAGCCGGCUUUCUGGUGCUCCAUCUCGUACUAUGAGCUGAACCAGCGAGUAGGAGAGACCUUCCACGCCUCGCAGCCCUCGCUGACGGUGGACGGAUUCACAGACCCCUCCAACUCUGAGCGAUUCUGCCUGGGACUGCUGUCCAACGUCAACCGCAAUGCAGCAGUGGAGCUAACACGCCGACACAUAGGUCGCGGCGUGCGGCUGUACUACAUCGGAGGAGAGGUGUUUGCAGAGUGUCUCAGUGACAGCGCUAUCUUCGUCCAGAGCCCCAACUGUAAUCAGCGUUAUGGUUGGCACCCCGCCACGGUCUGCAAGAUCCCCCCAGGAUGUAACUUGAAGAUCUUCAACAACCAGGAGUUUGCUGCCCUGCUGGCUCAGUCGGUCAACCAGGGAUUCGAGGCCGUCUACCAGCUCACCAGGAUGUGCACCAUCCGCAUGAGCUUCGUCAAAGGCUGGGGAGCCGAAUACAGGCGGCAGACAGUGACCAGCACCCCCUGCUGGAUCGAGCUGCACCUGAACGGCCCGCUGCAGUGGCUCGACAAGGUGCUCACUCAAAUGGGCUCCCCGAACAUUCGAUGCUCCAGCGUCUCUUAGGGACGACCUUCGUCCACUCAUUUCUCACAGGCCACGUCCGCAACCACCCCCCUCUGCCCGCCCCUUCUCCUUAAUCCCGACGUUGCAUUCAGUCCCUCCUUUCAUUCAGACACUCCUUGUUCCUCCCCCCCACCUCCACACCUGCUGUCAGAAGCACUUUUUUUUUGAAACACUUUGUGUUUGUGGCAAAAAGGGGACGAAGUGCAUUAAAGUCGUUAAUAGGAUCUCAACACAUUGUCCGAGUUAAUUUGAUGGUAGUUUUCAUCCGCAAGCCAGAAACUUUACGUUUGUUUUGUUUUGUUUUUUUUUCUUUCUUGCUUGAUUGAAAUGUGCUGUUCAUAUUUUUGUACAGAUUUUAAAUUGAACAGUAGAUUUGAUAAAUAAUUUUUAUUAUUUUAUUAUUAUUAUUGUGUCCCAAAUAGGAAAAAAAAAAAGAAAAAAAAAGUAAGAUCAUGGCAAAUACAUUUCACUUGACUUUCUUGUUUUGGGGCAUUUCUUAGAUUAUGAAGAUUACUAUAGAUGUAAAACAAUGAAACAGACUGAAAGUGAUUUAUUUAAUACAUAAGUUAGCACUGUCUGUAGGAAUGUACUGCAAAGAGGGUAGAAGUGUUUGUUGCGAUUUUAUGCAUUCAUUUUAUGCUGCAGCUCUUAUUCUGGGUAAGGAAACAAAUAGAUUUUUGGUGUAAACGACAUCAAAAAAGAAAAAAAGGAGUCCGCUUUGCUAGUUUGAAGAUUUACACCAGCACAUAAAAUUGUCAGUCAGAUCACCAACAAAUAAGCCAGAUUCUGAAGGAUUCAUGAGGAGAGAACAGGACGUAAAGCCCUUUAAAACAUUACAGGAGUACUAAGAGAUAGUGAAUCUCACUAAAGGUCACCAGGAGGAAAAAUGCACUUGUGUGUUUGAAAAAAAUAAAAUAAAAUCAAUAUUCCAGCAUGUAGAUAUAGAGAUUAGGUGUUUUAACAUGCGUUACUUUCAGGAAGCCUCUCCACUCUGCAGAAUAUGUUUGCAUCAUUUUCGAUUGUACAUGUAAUGUGUACCGAAACGGGACUUGAAAAUACCGCGCAUUGUAUUCUUCACACUUUUCAAUGACAGAACUGCACACUGGUAAGUGUGAUGUGAAUACUCUGCAGAAAGCUUUGAUGUGUUCAGAGAGCAGGAAGAGGCCUCUGCUUUGUUAGCGAUUUAGCUUUGGUCGUAUUUUUAGCCACGCUGACUUUUUGCACAUUCAAGCCUGGAGAAAAACAGAAACAUCUGAAUCAUAAAUAACGGAAAAGAGAAGUUAACCGACUCGUGAGAAUCUCAAAUUCAUUUUUGCAAAUGUUAUAUUUUGUUUUUUUUCUUCUGGAAGAUUAGCCCAAGUCCAAGUUAUGCGUUGGAGGAUAGAAAACACUGCAGGCAGGUCUGGGUUGUAGUUUCUUUUCUUUUUUUUUUUAACAUGUUAACAUGAGGCAGAUUUGUUUUAAGCUUUUUAUAAAGGGAAACAUGCAGCAGCAGCGUGUAAAUAACAGUAGUGUCUUAAUUGUUUUUUAUAUAUAUAUAUAUAUAUAUUAUGAUUUUCAGGUCUCUGUACAUAUACAACGUGAAGGUGUUCAAUUGUGACCAUUAACCUUCACAAUGUUGAUGGAUUUAGAAGCAGGAGAACAAAUUUUU